CAUCUUUAUGCAAUACUAUUUAUUGUAGAAAUUGUACACAAAUUAUUUUUUAGGGGUGGUGAUAUAUCACAUUAAAAUCAGAUUAAAAUGGCUCCAAAAACACCAUCCCGCGAUCUUAUUAAAAUAAUAAUUAAUAAUUUCGUUAAUUCCUUACGGCCUCGACAACUAAGAGGAAAUUUUAUAGGGGAAGAUUAUUUCGGGAAUAAAUAUUAUGAAAUUCCUGCAAAUCCAUCAAUAGGAAAGAGGAAGCCUUCUCGAUAUUUUGUACCGACAGACAAAGAAGCGUUCGAUCAAGAGCUUACAGCUGAGUGGGAAGCAUGGCUACGUGGUCGGCGUAAUGAACCGCCUACUCGUGAAGAGUUAGUUAGGAAUUUAUCCAUAAUGGAAAUGAAGCAACGAAAUGCUGCAGAACUUGAAGCAACGUAUGGAGCAAAAGAUGAUAGAGGACAAUUGUUGCCUAAGGAAAAGGAAACGAUUGGCACAUUCCCAAAGUAUAACGAGUAUGAAAUUAUUCCGGGAAAAGACCCAGGAAAAAAAUAAUCUACAAAAUUUGUUACGAAAUUGAAUAUAAUUCAUAUGUAAAUUUAUUUGAAACUUAAAA